UUCAGAUAAAAUCAAAGCAAAAUGUUGAAGAUGAAAAACAAAAAAAACAAAAAGAGGGAGACUAAAUUGUUGGAUUUACCAGAAGGAUGUCUAUCUCAAAUCCUGUCACUCACAACUCCUUCAUGUGUUCUUCGUUGUUCGUUGGUCUGUAAGCUUUUAUACUCCAUUGCAAACUCUGAUUUCGUGUGGAAGAAGUUAGUACCGUCUGAUUUGCACCCCCUGGUUGAACGCUCAUCAUCUACUUCUCCUCCUACAAAGCACCUAGUCCUCCUCCUUUGUCGUUCUUUCAUUAUUUUAGAAGAUGGCCAUAUGAGCUUUUCAUUGAAUGAAUGGACGGGGAAGAAAAGUUAUAUGAUUGGUGCUAGAAGACUAACAUUUGCAUCGGGUGAUAUGUUUGGUUUUUGGAGGGGAAUACUUCCCAAACCUAAAUCCAGAUUUUCAGAGGUGGCAGAACUAAUAGGAGUGAACGAGCUCCAUAUAACAGGAAGAAUAAGCACACAAUUGCUAUCUCCAAACACAACUUACCGUAUGUAUUUCUCUUUCAUGCUCGAGGCUGCCUCUCAUGGCUUCGAUGUCUACCCAGUUAGGGUUUUCGUGUCGAGGAUCGAUAAAAAUGGUUCGUAUUUAGGAGGUAGUAGCUACAAUGAUGCUUCAAAGACAUUCUAUCUCAAACCACGACGACCUAUGCAUGCUGAUAUGUAUGGUCAUGUGACUCAUGUAGAGAGUGAAGACACCAUGGAUUGUGAUAUUAGUAAUAGAUGGAUGAUGAUAGAUAUGGGGAAAUACUUCAACCAGGUUGAUGAUAAUGUUGAUGUUUUGGAGAUGACAUUGAUGGGUACUGAGAUUGGUUUGCGCAAGUCUGGACUCGUUGUCCAGGGUAUUGAGAUUUUACCUGUCGAUUGAUCGAUCGAUGAUCUUCUUUCUUAGGACUUGAAUCGAGUCAAACAUGUUAAAACUCAAUGUUACCUACACGUGAGUUGUCACACAUUGGAAAAACAGGGGAGAAUACCCACUGUUGCCAAUUGAUUUUAGUGUGAAACCGAUGCUAAACUUAUAAUUGGACAUAGCUCUCUUCUUGCUUAUUGAAUAGUCAUACUCAUUGCAUAUUAUUUAACAUGGUAUCAGAGCAAAUUUAUUAGCCCCUAUCAUGUUUGUAUAGUAGUCUUUUAUGGAGACGAUGAUUGAAGUGGUGUAAGAAUACAUUCGAUUGUAUGAUCGAUUAAAUACUCCCGUGAUUAGAGAUAGUUUUGGAAUUUUGUUAAUUAUGCGUAACAUCUUGUCCAAUAUGAUUGCCUAGUCACAAAAUUGUAACAUGUUACAUACAUGAUACGACGUACUUACAUUAGUAUCAAAUAUGUUAUACACCUCA